CGCUAAACCUCGAUAACACUAUCUCAGACCACCAGCCUCUCGUCUUCCUGGCUUCUCUCUCACAUCUCCACUCACCACGCGCCGCCAUGCCAAUGCUCCUUGAAGGCUCCUGCCACUGCCGCAAGGUCAAGUACACGCUCGAGUCGCACACGCCGGUGCCGUACCAGCUGUGCCAGUGCUCGAUCUGCCGCAAAGUCGGCGGCUACAUGGGCAGCGUAAACAUCAUGGGCAACGCCGCAAGCCUCAAGUUUGUGCGCGGCGAAGAGCUACUAGUCAAAUACAAGCCCGUGCUCGAGUUCGGCGCCGACGACACGCCGCAGAAGACGGCGACGAGCGAGCGCGUCUUCUGCUCCGUGUGCAGCGCCGCGCUGUGGAACUACCACCCGGAGUAUCCUGAGUGGAUCUACCCGUUCGCAUCGACGAUCGACACGCAGCUCCCCAAGCCCGCCGCGCAGCACUUUGUCAUCCUCCGCUCGUCGUGCCCGGCUUACGUGCCCACGCCGGAGGGGUUCGACGUGUACGACGACUACGGGCCGGCGGCGAGCGGGAGCAUCGAGAGCUGGCACAAGAAGAACGGGUGCUGGGUUGAGUGAGUGGAGCGGGGCGGAGCGGGGCGGAGCGGGGUUUGGAGAGCGUAGGCAAAGUGGACUGUAGGUAGGAGAUGCAUUGAUGUAUUGUAC